UUUUGUAACAUUUGAGUAUGCCUCGUCGUGGUAACGAAAUAGAAACACCUAUAACACCGAAGAAGAAAAAGAUAACGGAAGAAUGUGCAAGUUUAGAUGCAUCUUUCUUCGAUGAUGAAGCAUUGCCUCCUGGUAUUGUCUUUACUGAUGUCCAGUUGAAAAAGUGGCGAAUCGGAAAGCCUAUUGGUAGAGGUAGUUUUGGUAGAAUUUACCUUGCAUCAGAUGAGGUGGAUAAAGAAGUUACAAAACAGAAUGCCAGAUAUGUUGUGAAAAUUGAACCACACACAAACGGCCCACUGUUCGUCGAAAUACAUUGUUUAAUUAGAACAGCGCAAGCUUCUAAAGUUAAAACAUGGUGUCAAGAAAAUAAGCUAAAACGACUUGGUAUGCCUAUUUAUAUAGCAAGUGGGUCCUUUACUGAAGAAAGUACCGGAAUAAAAUAUAGAUUUCUAGUCUUACCCAGAUAUGAUAUUGAUUUACAAAAAAUCAUAGCCAGGACGAGAACUCUGGACUUAAAAAAUGUUCUAGUUCUUUCUAUACAAAUAUUAGAUAUUUUAGAAUACUUGCAUAAUCAAGGUUACACACAUUCAGAUAUCAAAAGUUCAAAUUUAAUGAUUGGUUUUGACAGUAAUAAAGUUAUGAAAGCCAUUACUCCUAAAUCAACUCAAAGUUUUCAAAAAAACACCAAACAGGUUGUCCUUAUUCCUGAAAAGCAUAAGAAACCUAAAACAAGUCGUUCCCGAUCUUCAAAUUAUUACAACGACGAAGAUUAUGUAGUCAGUCAACGAACACCAGAGAUUUGUAAAGAUGACAAAAGAUUGGUCAGUGUCAAGAAUAAGCUAAGGAAAAUUUUUACUGAAAAAGAUAAAGGAAAAUUACAUAGACAACAUGCAUUUAAUUUGAGACAUUUAUCCAAUUACGUUAACUAUGAAGAUUUAAGUUCGGUGUGUUCUGAUAGGUCAUACCAAAAGUUGUUGGAUGAUUUUGGUAACAAAAGUUUACUAAGUGUGGUUGAAACAUUUAAAGACGGGAAAAAAUCAGAAAAUAUAGAUUUAGAAUUGCAAAUGGAUCAAAUAUACAAAGAUGCAAUUCUGUCUCAAUCAAAUGGACAAAUAUAUUUACUAGAUUAUGGUCUAGCAUCAAAAUUCUUAGACUCCAAAGGUAAUCAUAAAGAUUUUGGUAUGGAUGCAAGGAAAGCUCAUGAUGGAACUCUUGAAUAUAGUUCUAGAGAUUCUCAUAUUGGAGCUCACUCUAGAAGAUCUGAUUUGGAAACCCUAGGGUACAAUAUGCUGGAUUGGCUUACAGGCACUCUGCCGUGGAAAACCUCGGAGGUUCUUGCCGAUCCAGAUUUAGUACAUGCAGUAAAGAAAAACUUUAUGAAUGACAUUAAAACUUUACUAAAAACAUGUUUUAAAACUGAAUUUUAUCCACAAUUCAUGGAAAAGUAUCUUCAGUAUAUCACAAGUUUAGAUUUCACAGAAAAACCUGAUUAUGAUUAUUGUAGAAAUUUAUUUAAAAGUGAAAUGAUAAGAAAUGGUUAUACAUUUAAUAGAGAAAUGAAUAUCAAUUUUGCUGAGCCAUCUCUAUCACCAAUAAGCCGUAGUAAAUUAGGUUACUCAAAGAGGUUUGGAAGGAAAAAUACACCUCCUGAUUUCCUAUCUAGGAACGGUAUUAAGAAAACUUAUGAGAGAGAAAAUGUGUGUUCAUUAGAGAAUGGUCUUAAAUUAGAAUUAUUGAAACAUACAUUAAAUACGUCCAGUGAAGGUGUACGCAAGCCGUGUUCAUCGCGCAACUUUUUCAUAUCCGACGCGGAUUUAGUUGCCCGUUUAAAAAAAUCCUUAAUGCCGCAUGAUGUGUUAGGAAAGAAACUAUCACCGAAGAAUUUGAGAUCUAAACAAAAGAAUAUAACAAAGCGCAAAGGAGCAAGACGUCACAGGAAUAGUAUUGGCAAAUUUGGUAAUUUAAUGGGAUCGGCAAGACAGUUUACAUGGGCUGAAAUCUUAGCUGGCAAUCCGGAAGAUAUAAUCAGGAAGGAUCGUAAUCCUGCGACUAAUGCUGAUGUGGAGGAUGACUCAACCUGCAAGUAUAGGAUUAGAAAACUAUCAAAUGCAUCAUCCACAAAUUGUGACGGAAGCCUUCAGUCACCGUUAAUGCAAAAAGAUUACCUACAAGGCUUAAACCCAACAUAUGCUAUGAAAGAAGUAUUAGCAAAUUUCAAGAAGAAACUUUCCGGAAAAACGUUUAAAGAACCAGAAGAAUGUCCACCUGGUUUAGAGGGUUAUACUCCGAUAAUGAUAAAAUUACACAAAUUGAAAGAAAAGAGAGAAGCAAAAGAGAAAUUGGAAUUACUAAAACAGAAUUCAGAAAGUAAAGAAUUCAAAAAGGAACCGAGAUGCACAAGAUCUAUGUCUAACAUUGAGAGACCUGUGAGAAGAUCUGCAAGAAAUAAACCAGUUAAUGGUAGUCAUGUAAAGACAUCAGACAUCAGAAAUUCCUCCGAACAAGUGCCUGUUGCUAUUAAAAGUAAUGAUGAAAUCAAAUCUCCGAGGACAAGAAGUGCUACAAACAAAAAAGUAGUUACAAUUUCUGAUACUAAGAAGACUGGCCAAACAAGUAUGUAUACAAAUUCUUAA